GGACUAAAAAUUUUGAAUGGAAACAGGCGCCACGUUCAAAACAAUAAAUGAGUAAUUUGAGUAAAUGAGUAACUUAAGCCAGGGUUAAGCUAGAUUUAACUUGAGUGACAACAGAACAUAUAUUGAGAACUACAGAGAAGUCAUUACAAAGGAAAUUUUAAUUCAUGAUGGAUGAAACAGAGGACUUAAGACAGGAAGUAUAUUCUUUAAAAAAUAAGUUGGCAACAGCUACUAGCCAAGAGGCCUGGUACAAUGAAGAGAUUGCUCAACUUCAGACGAUGAGGAAACAAGACUCAGAUAUACAGGAAAUGUUGAAAGAGGAAGUCAUCAGGUUACAAAGAAAGAUAGGGAAUUUGGAAGAAGAUAUUGAUCAGCGCAAGUCAACAGAGUCUAACUUGAAAUCCCAGAUUCAGUCUCUUGAGAAGUUAGCAGAGAGCAACAAAACUAUAAAUGAAACCUUGUCUCACAGCAUAAUGACGGAGGAUAACUCACAGCUGAUGAAUGAACUGGGUUCUCUGCAGACUGAAAACACCCAGCUAAAAGGUGAAAUCAUUGAAAUUAGGCAUGAACUACAAAGUGCAGCAAUUGAACUGGAGAAUGCGAAACAAAAGCUGGUACACAAGGACCGAGAGUUGGAGGAACUUCAGUGCCAAAUAACCACCUAUGUCAACACUAUAGAAAAAUGUAGGACAGAAAACAUUGAACUGAAUACACAGAUCGAUGUUUUACAAAUGGAAUCUCAAAGCCAAUCUUGCAAAGGAAAUUCUUUAUUUUCAGAGGUUGAGGAUAGAAGGAUAAAAGCCGAGAAGUUGGUGAAAAAAUACCAACUCUCCAGUCAGCAACUGAAUCAACAGAAUCAUAAAUUGAAGAUGCAGCUCUUUACUUGUAUGGGCCUCAAUAAAGAGAGAUCUGAUGAUGACCGCAUUGAGAAACUUCAGAGUGAAGUGUAUCAACUUCAAGAACAGAACAAACAACUCCUGGAACAAAUUCACAGUUCUCCCAAAUCAGAGGCAGUGCUUACUGGAGAUGUUGAGGGUAUAUUGAAAGAAGGAGCGGUCAGUUCUGGAGAGGAGUAUGUGAAAUACCUACUUAGCAUUAUCAAAGCAAACAAUGAUGAAGUAUCAAAACUUAAAAAUGAAGUCAAGGCACAAAAGCUGCUCCUGUUAGCUGAGAAAGACACAGUUUUGUCCCUGGAAAGGAAGCAUUAUGACAUUGAUACUCAGAGGGAAAAAACAAGGGCUUUGUAUGUAAAAGAAAAAAUGAAGGUGGAAGAACUCAGAGCAAAAUAUGAACCUGAGAAAAUGAAGAAUGAGACUGGUACAAAAAGGGGCAAGCUAGAAAAGUUAACUUCAGGGACUGAAAACUCCAUAAAGGAAGCAAAAUGUGAGAAAAAAAGAAAAGAGAGUUCCAGAGCAGUGAAAGAACUUUACAUGGAUGAGAGUACAGCCAACACUGAGAAUAUAGAACCAGAGUUAGACACAACAGAGAAGAAAACAGAAAGUGAAAUAGAAUACAAAAAAACGAAAUCGGUUUCUCUGAGUGAUGAAAUUAAGAUGUUAGAUACUGAGGGUAGGGAAGAAAUUGGUUCGUUGUCAGAGAAAGAUCAUUUUCAAAGGUCAGGUUCGUAUGACAAACCAGCAAAAAGUAAAGGUCGUAGGGUCACCAAUAUUGUCAAAGCUGAGAUACCAGAUUCCAAAGUGAAUGAAUGUUCACCGCAGUGAUACUGUGUUAUGCUAAUGAUUGUUGUGUAAAAACCAUUUCAAGAAAUGUUAAUGUGGUCUAUGUUGAUCUAGAAUGGAUUAUCCCUAGUGGAAAAAACAUUGAGUGAUGAUGAUGAAUCUUUUAUUUAAUUAAUCUUUGCAAGUCUGUCUGAUUGAAAGGUGAAUUAGACAAGACUUCCAAAGAUGAAUUUAAUUGGAUGAUGCAUUUAGUAAUACACUACUUUACAAAGUUAAAGAGAAUAUAGUAAAUUUCCCAUGUGUGUGUGUGUGAAACAUUUCUGAGGAUAUCAUUAAGUUUUUCAUCUCAUACCUGUUACAGGAAGGACAGGUUUGGAAGGGAAAUUGCCAUGCAGUUGAUAACCUUAGUAGUCAAAACAUCAUAUUACAUCAAAGUUAUAGCCAGUAACCAAAUGCCAUAUACAGACCGGUCUUUUACAUUCUACGUAGAUGAUGGGAGGGCAAAAAGGUCAUAGAUCAAGGUCAUUGUAGUCAGUAAGCGACUGUAAGAUAAAAAACUCAAGAGAUGUUGCCUUUUGAUUUCUAGGUUCGUUAAUCAAUAUCGUAAUUUAGUAUCCAAGGUAAUAACAGUGCCGAUAGGGUACCUCAUGAAAUACUGUAAACGUAUUAUAUUUGGUGUGUACGAUAUUUGGCGGAAAUCGUUUUUUCAACAAGUUAGCAUAGAUUUGAUUUAGCGCAUUCCUGAAUUACUUUAAACAUCUAGAUUUACGGAUGGCACUUAGCGAUGUACUUGAUUUAGCGGAAGCUGCGUUCCGCCAAAGGCGCUAAAUAGAAUACACAGCCAAAUGUAAUACAUUUACAGUAUGUGCACAUGUCAUUCUCUGCUCCUCAUGUAUAUAAAGACCAAAAUUUUCAAUGUAUAGUUGCUUUAUAUAUGCAUGUGUGUAUACUGGGGGAGGGGGGGGGGGUAUAAGUUUGGUUUCUAUGAUGUCAGGUAUAUAUGUAUUAGACGUGUAUCAAUAUGGCAUUAGUUAUAUUGAUCGUAGGUCUGUAUGAUCUGCAUAUUGUCAGUAUGAUGUUGAUAUUAUAACUUGUAUAUAUCAAUAAUCUGGAAUGAUUGUCAGUCUGACAUAAGUUUAAAGGUGUUUUAACCCUCAUUAUUUUAGUAAUUUUCAUUUGUUAUUUUUAUACAGUUAAUGAACGAGUUCAUACACUAGGUCUUGUGAUUUUCAACUUGAAAAUAAAACUAAAUGUACCACUAUGACAAAAUAAACAGUUCAACAAAAAACUCAA